CAAGACGAAACAUGGCAGCAAUUCCAACCACUUUAGUCCUUUUCUCCGAAGAUAGAACACUGUUACCAAUAAAAAGUCUCUAUGCUGUGGCUAAGCAUCUCUUCCAAUUUGGUGUGAAGGAUAUUUCACAAAAGGUUGACAAAAUAAUUGUCAACCUAACCUAUUCUCCGAGAGCGGCCACUCUAAAAAGUAAAUUCGGAAAUUUGCCAGUUCGAUACAUGCGACCUAAAAUCGACAGCGAGGAGGAGUUUAAGCUCCUGGAACAAGUUGUAAAAAAAUUCAAAUUUAACCUUUUGGACGAAAACCUAGAGGAGGGGCCCUCCUCCCAACCCGAACGUUUGCGGAUACUACCUAGAGUCAAGGGUGUGAAACGAAAAUUGAAGAUCGAUGAAAUAUUUGCCACCGAUGAGGAUGCUAAUGAUGCUGAUGAUGAUGAUGAUGUUGAUGAAGUGGCAGAGGCACAGCAGCAGCAAGCCUCAGCUAGUACAAGUGCAUAAGAUUAACUAUCACACCAAAUACGCCAGGAACAAAGCAAAAGGCCAGCUUAAACAACUCUACUCACUCCUAAACCGACAUAGCGAGUUGAACAUCCAAACCAAGAUAAACACAUACAAUAUGUAUAUAGGACGAAUAAUAACAUACAGACCGCCAUCUCCAACCGCGACUAUGCCUAGAAAACAGCAUAUAGGAAUAGGACACUUCGCAGGGACACUCAGCUUUAAGAACUGAAAAACCACCUGGAUGAUAUUGCACAAAUCACUUCACUAAAGCAUCAACAGCCACAAACCCCAUCAUAAGGGAAAGAGCCACACCCCAGCUCCACCAGGUGCAACGUACUCCUUCCCGGGGAACCACAUAUUUUGAGGAAGCCAAACCAGCCUCGCACACUCAGGUCCGUCACGCUUGACCAUCAAAUACUCUUCCAAAUCUGGAUCUCCAGAACAAAACGAUGAACCAAUAGGAAAACAUAAAAUAGAUGUCAGCGCUGAGACCAAACUUCGCGUCUACAAUGGAGUUGUAAUACCAACACUUGCUGCGAAACAUGUGAGAGGACCUACAGAAAACACAUAAAAAGCCUAGAAAAAUACCACUAGCGAUAUCUAAGAAAGAUCCUACGGAUUAAAUGACAAGACCCACGAACGAACAUUAGUGGAGGAGGCCAAGACAAUUAGCAUAUAAGCCCUCAUCAUUAAGCACCAACUUUACUGAUUCGCUGGACAGGUCACCUAGUCCGCAUGCCCGAAGCACGCGUCUUCGACAACUAAAAGGAGUAAACCAAGUCAAGGAGGUCAACAAAAAUGCUACAAAAAUGUUCUAAAGGAAAAUAUGAAAUAUGGCAAAGUGCCGCAUUGAUAACAGCAACUGGGAGACGACGGCAAAUGAUGGCCCUCAUGGUGUCGGAGUAGUCCACAAACUUUUGAGAAACAGCGACGCAGACAUAGAACGAAAGAGCAGGAAAGAGCGAGAGAAGAGGAAGAGAGUGAAGAGAUAAUGCUGCCAGAGACUGGAUGUGUAAAGACUGUGGAAGAGUGUGCGGCUCCAGAAUUGGUUUAUAUAGCAAUCAGAAACCGCACAUUCGAUGGCAAUAAG